UGGUGUGACUGCUGCGAAAUUCUUCCAGAUCCGUCGCUUUUAGAGAGAGAGGACAUUCAUUCACACACACACACACGGAUUCGCCUCCUUUUUCCCCCUCCUCCUCCUUCUUCCCAAAGGCCCAUUUUUCUUAAGUGGAUCUCAUUGGGAAUUACACUCUAGUCCCCUAGGAAAUUGCAUAGCUUUGACUGAAUACACUACCCUCAGAGCUGCUCUUGACAUCCGACAUAUACUCCUCCCCGCCCAUUCUCUCGCUUUUCGCUUUGGGUGACGCUUGUUGUUUUCGCAUUACAAAGCGUCAUUGUUUCCCACUCUGGGCACAUUCCAUUUCGCGGCCGUUCAAGAACGCAUACGUGUCGGGCACUAUUCGGCGCAGUGAAAGUAACUUUUGGGGCUAAUCUUACACUUCGGACUCAAUUUUUGGCAUUCAUCACUGGACAGGCGAUAUCUAUCUUAACUAAUCGGAUAUCGCUUAAUUGCUGUCGACCAUACGAAUUCCCCAUUUUACCAUUAUGCGGCCUCGCACCUGAGGUUCACCCUUAGCAGAUAUUACUCCGUUCGAUUACUGUCACCUACUCUUGACAUACGCUGGUCAUAAUGGGAUUGUGUACGAGCAAAGAGGAAAUAAUUCAGUCGAAAACCUCCCUUGCGAUUGACAAGGCUAUUGAAGAGGAUUCGAAGAGAUUGAAGAAGGAAUGCAAAAUAUUAUUGCUUGGCGGUGGGGAGUCGGGCAAGUCGACCAUUGUCAAACAGAUGAAACUUAUUCAUCAGAGCGGCUACACUCGGGAGGAAUUAAUGGCUUUCAGACCGACGGUUUAUAAAAAUAUACUUGACAGCAUUCAAGCGCUUAUUGCUGCCAUAACAAAUUUUAACAUGACAUACGCGAAGCCUGAGAAUGAGGCUGUAGCGGAUAAGCUGAUGGCAUUACGCCCAGAUUUUGAUGGGUCAUACAAAAUUACCCCUGACAUUGCGGAUGCCAUCUAUGCCAUUUACACGGACCCAACCGCAGAAACAGCUUUGGAGCGCUCCAAUGAAUUCUACAUCAUCGACUCCGCACCCUACUUUUUCGCCGAUGUAAAAAGAAUAGGGACAAGUGACUAUUGCCCAACAGAGCAAGACGUACUUCGAGCUCGUAUCAAAACAACCGGAAUAACAGAGACGCGAUUCAACAUGGGACAAUUGAGCAUACAUAUGUUUGAUGUGGGGGGACAGCGAUCAGAGCGACGAAAAUGGAUACAUUGCUUUGAAGCUGUUACUUCCAUCAUCUUCUGCGUGGCUUUAAGCGAGUAUGACCAAGUACUACUGGAAGAAUCGCAACAGAAUCGUAUGGCGGAAAGUUUGAUACUUUUCGAAUCCGUCAUCAACAGCCGAUGGUUUCUGCGCACAUCGAUUAUUCUGUUCUUGAACAAAAUCGAUCUGUUUAAAAUCAAACUGGCAAGAAAUCCACUGGAAAAGUACUUUCCAGAGUACAAAGGUGGACCGGACGUGAACAAAGCCGCAAAGUUUAUUCUAUGGCGAUUCACACAAACUAACCGAGCGCGUCUGAACAUCUACCCACACCUGACACAAGCCACUGACACGUCAAACAUCAGACUUGUUUUCGCUGCUGUUAAGGUGACCAUCUUGCAAAAUGCAUUGAAGGAUUCGGGUAUCAUGUAAGACGCACCAGUAUGCUUACUGAUUUCUUGGUCCUUUCUUGUGCUGCGGUCGAGAGCCUGUCGACCCUAUCGACCCUUGACCAUUUCCUCAUACUAUUUAAUUUUCUCUGGUCUGUUGCGACGAGGGGAGCCGUGACCGCCACAGGCAUCUGUGGGAUUUGAUAGACUUUUGUUUUGAUGUAUAUAAUCUUGUUUUCUUUUUGUUUUUUUGGGAAAAUCCAACAGACGGUUGGUCACAUGAGUCAUUAUAUCACGUGCAUGAGGCGCCAUUUGGGGGCGCGGAGGUGUUCUGUUUGACAAGGAAUAGAUACAAACAAAUGACGUCUUGAUGCUGUCACUGGAA